UAGUAAUGCUCUAAAGCGUCAUAACUCUCCGAGGAAUUGUACGAGUAACUAGUACGACAGAGUAACCAUGUUCCAUUCCCUGUCGGUCUUAAAUUUCAGGAUAUCAAGGAUCUAAGAGUAAAAGCUUUGAAAGGGGCGUUAUGAAAUAGCUGCUAUCAUUCAGUUAGAUGAUAUCACGAAUUCCGUGGCCGGCUAGUUCGGAGACUAGAGAUAGACAGCACCACUAUCAAAACUCAAAUCUAAUGGCAACAGGAAGCUCUAUGCAACAGAGUUUCCUUGGAGUUCCUUUGUUACCCGGUCUGAAGUUCAGUUGACCGUCAGCUUAGGUUAUCUUCCUUGAUUGGGAGUUCGUCAUACAUUCACGGAGACAUGGUCAGGACCUUGUAAACAGAGACAGUCUGAUAAUGAAGUCACCAUUGACAAGAUUGCCCACGCUUUCGUCUGGGUUGGAUCUUGCAUUCAAAUAUCCUGUUACUCAUGUCCGCAUUCUAUAAUUCACUUAUUCUAUCACUAUCCGAAACUGCGCAGCGCAUACUAAGACCAAAAUGUCUGGACUUGGAAAUCAAGCACUUAACAUCAAUAGUGUCAUUGGUGAGCAUGCCAAUCUAGAAAUCACCCGUCACGGUUCAGAUUGGUACUAUGCAGUAUGUGCCUUCAUGGGUUUUUGUACUCUCCUCUUCAUGGGCCUAGCUUUCAUGAAACCUCAGGGUGAUCGUAUAUUUCACUACAUCACCGCGGGUAUAACCGGCGUCGCGUGUAUCGCUUAUUACGCGAUGGGGUCAAAUCUCGGACAAGUUCCCAUUCAGGUUCAAUACAUCCGACCCGGUAGUCGCCUGGUGCGAGCGGCAGGAACCCGAGAAAUAUUCUACGCCCGCUAUCUGGAUUGGGUUAUAACGACACCUUUGCUGCUUCUCGACCUUCUCCUGACUGCUGGAGUACCGACUUCAACGAUUUUAGUUACUCUUCUUGCCGACGAGAUUAUGAUUAUUACUGGUCUAAUCGGUGCUUUAACUCGAACUCGGUUCAAGUGGGGAUUUUGGGCCUUCGGAAUGGCGGCGCUAUUAUUUGUUGCUUAUGAACUGCUGAUCAAUGCUCGACGACACGCUUCGAUCCUAGGCGGAGACGCGAAGAAAACAUUUAUGCUAUGCGGCAACUUUCUUAUAUUUAUUUGGUUUAUGUAUCCUAUUGCCUGGGGUCUGAGCGAGGGUGGCAACGUCAUUCACCCUGAUGGGGAGGCCGUAUUCUAUGGUGUUUUGGAUAUCCUAGCCAAGCCCAUCUUCGGCCUCCUCCUCCUUUGGGGUCACCGCAAGAUUAGCAGUUCACAGCUAGGUCUACGCACCCGUAAUCGCGGCCAUAUCACAGGCGAGAAGUACGAUCACGGUGCCAGUAUCCACCCCGAAGGCCCCGGGGUAAAUGUCGGUGGCCCUACCACUACUACCACUGCCGGUCAUCCCACUGCCACCCAUACCGCCGUAUGAGCCAUAAUUUUGGUAUCACGAAGAGCGACCAGCCGUCGUCGGCCGUGUGAGAAUCUACCCCUAUUUAACCUAAAUACUUGAAUAUUAUAUCGUCACUUGAGGCCGCUACUAAUUACCUUCAACUCGCUGCCGCCAUUAUGUUCUCAAGUUGGGGGUUAGAUGUAUAUAUUUACAGCAUGUUAGCAUAUUACAUGACCAGCGAAGUAAUCAUAGCUGGCACGCAAUUCACUGAUAAGAUGAAGGGAAAUCUAGAACCAUCAUGUUUCAUAUACCUUAAGCCUAGGCGGUAAUAAAAGCAAACAUAUCACACUCGCAAAAUUGCUAAUAAUCUUUAAAUAUUAGGUAUAAUAAGGCAAAUUUAAUAACGUCCAAUUGCAUUUUAC